CAGGACCCGUACCCUUACCACCCCUACCUGGUCGCACCACCUUGCGGCACCAUUGAUACCCCGUAUAUAAUACUCCAACAUUUUUUGCGACGCUCGUUGUUGCUGUGUACUGCUCGCUGCCAUAUUGAGCACCCGCUCCACUCAGUAAACAGCCGGCACAAUGCCAGGCACACCGACAUCCGAGGUGCCUUCGGUAUCUCUUUCGUUUGCCAACAACUUUUGGGGCAAAGAUGACGCUGGUGUUGGGCCCUUGCUCGACCGCAUGCAUUUUGCCAAAGUCACCAACGACGAAUUGAAAGCCUUCUACGCUGCACGGGCAGCCAUCGAAGAAGAAUACUCUAAAAAGCUGCUGCAACUUUCUCGCAAGCCCCUUGGGUCCUCAGAAACCGGCACACUGCGAAUGUCCUGCGACGUCAUACGGGCCGAAGUCGAGUCCAUGGGCAAGGCCCACCAGAGCGUCGCCCAACAGAUGCACACCGAGCUCGAGGAGCCACUGCAGGCUUUCGCUGGGGGGAUGAAGGAGCGCAGGAAGAUUGUGCAGAACGGUAUCGAGAAGCUCUUGAAGCUGAAAAUGCAACAGACGGCCACGGUCAACAAGGCACGCGACCGGUACGAACAGGACUGUCUGAAGAUCAAGGGCUUCCUUGCGCAGGCGCACAUGGUCAUGGGCCAUGAGGAGCGAAAGAACAAGGCCAGAUUGGAGAAGACGCAGAUCAACCUGUCGACCACAAGUGCUGAAUAUGAGGCUGCAGUGAAGGUUUUAGAAGAGACCACCGGUCGCUGGAAUAGGGACUGGAAGGCAGCUUGCGACAAAUUUCAGGAUCUCGAAGAGGAACGUAUUGACUACACUAAGAGCAGCCUCUGGAACUUCGCCAAUAUCGCCUCGACGGUGUGUGUCAGCGACGAUGCCUCAUGCGAAAAGAUGCGUUUGUCACUCGAAGAUUGCGACGUCGAGAAGGACAUAACGAACUUCAUCACCGAGACUGGCACAGGCCAGGAGAUACCAGACCCUCCAAAGUUCAUCAACUUCUGCCGAGGAGAUGCUGAAACGUCAUCGCAGGUGUCAGAUGAUGAGAACUACUCAGUUGCACAAUUUGCAAGGACUAUGAAUCCAUCGUACCGCGCCUCGUCUCCCCCAAUUUCAGUGUUCGAAUCACACCAUGACCCCAACAACCCUUUGGCCAGGGAGCUGGGCUUGCAGCAUGAUACACAGCCCAUCGCUGUCCCUCAGGAUCAAAUCAAUCUCCCGUCGCCGCGACAGCCUGAAUCGCAGCAGCAGACACCGCGACCAUCUACCGCUUCUCGGACAGUGCAGCCUGAUCCUCGGUUGGUACAGGCACAACAACAAGCACGUCAGCAGUACCAACAAAGUCCGACAUCAUACAACGACUACCCAGCAGAUGGCAUGACUCAGUUCUGCCGACCUGCAGCGCCGUCUGAACGAAGCACCGUCCCAAGCCCUAUGAUGCGACCCCAGAGUCGAGACUCACACAGUGAUCACUCGGAUCUAAACUCAUUCUCCAGUAUUGAGCCACCUAGUGGCUCUGCCUCGCCAGGAAAGCCAAUGCCGCCGUCUUUCUCCGAGCCAAGCCCUAUCGAGGAAAACUCUUUCCAGAAGAAACGAGGCUUCUUCAACAGUCCCUUUGGUCGCAGAAAGAGCAAGCCGGAAAUCGAGACGCCUGCUUCGGUCACACCGACAAGCCGCAAUACAUGGGCUCCAGCAUCACGACAAAACACCAAUGAGAACGUCAGCCCAACGCGACCACUUGGUAGGAUUAAUCGUCAACCUAUGGUCCAGGAUGCCACACGGUCUACGAGCCCUGAGCCGGUCGAUCCACGUGCCAACUUCCAGCUGAACGUUGGGAACAAUGUCUUCGAUGUAGCGUCGCCAGACAAGAAGAAGAAGAGGCAGGAGCAGGAGAAGUCACCAUUAGAAGAGCUUGAUCCUAUCGCUGCUGCUCUCGAGGAGCUCAGAGGCGUUACAAAGCAAAGCACCCUGCGCGUGUCCGCCGACAAAUUCGCGGGCCUGGCAACACCCCAGCCACCUGCCACACCCUCUGUUGGGUCGAAACUGCCAGGGGGUGCACCUACACCAUUGACAAGUAUUAACUUGAAUGCUGCGAAGCGAGGAACACCUCCACCAUCCUACGAACAGCCACCGAUGUCUCGCCUUGGCGCUCCCAAGCCGGCGCAUACAGCACGCCAGAUGCAAAAGACGACAGAGAUGUAUGUCAACCAGAAGGCAAACGUGUUCAACGGCAAUGCAGGAUCGCGGCCUACGACCCGUGGCAAUUCCCAGCAGGAGGUCCCAAGGGCCACUUCUCCUGCACCAAAUCGGGCUACUAGUCCCAGACCAAGCGUAUAUACCGGUCAACAGCGAUCAUCGCAGGGACAAGUGCCUGCAUCACCUUCCACGUACCGCCCUGCUCAACGACAGCAGCAGCAAUCGCCCGCUCCAGCUGCUAAUUAUAAUCGAUCGAUUUCACCAAACCCAUACGCAGCUUCGGCGACCGGCGGUCGACCACGCGCACAGACAGCUACUGCCCCUGCGCAAGCCUACGGCACUCCGGUCAGCCGUAACUCGUACUCGUCAACCAGAGGCGCUUCUCCAGCCAUGAAUUCUAUGCCCCGAGCAGCUUCGCCGCAGCCGCCGCCGCAGCCAGCUUAUGCGCAGUCACGACCUGGAUCCCGCGCUGCUCCUGGUUCACGAGCUGUCAGCCCCCAGCCAGCAUUCCGCAAUAUGGAUGAUCGACCGCAUAGCUCCCACAGUGCGGCGGCAAGGUCUAUGGCCGGCAGCGAACGGGGAGAUGGGUCUGUGUACGGUGGCAGUAUUCGAGGUCGACCACAGAGUUCGUUCUAUGGUGGAGGUGGAGGCGGCAGUGGUAGCUCAGUAAGGGCCGAAUCCAGAGUACGCAGCAAGAGUCUGGCGGAGCCCAAGAACUACAACCGCGAUGGGCGUAUCAUUCUGAACUACUCUCGUGCAAUGUACACGUACACAGCACAGAUCCCAGAAGAGCUAGCCUUCUCGAAAGGCGACAUUCUUGCCGUGUUACGACUUCAAGACGACGGAUGGUGGGAGGCAGAGGUUGUUGGUAAGGACGGCAGACCUGGACUUGUCCCGUCCAAUUACUUGCAACCUUGCUGAUCCCCUGGUGGGAGUUUGCGAUGACUUCAGCUUUGUGAUUACUUUGACUUCAGCGGCUUUUGUAUAUUCCCCUUCUUUCACAAUCGUUGACCAUAUUGUUGGUUUUGGCUGGCUAGCCGCAUCCAAACUGCUAUUAGCGGGCGUCAUUCGUUUUUGGUAUACCAGUCUAUUGGAUGAUCGUGUCUGGGGUUGUUGGGCAAAGUAGCGAAAUUGUACAUGAGAAAUUGUUGCACAGUACGUUCACGUCUCUAGUCCAUACAUGGGCAUUCGUGCAUUCACGU